GUCAGUAUGGUAAAAGGUAAACAAUAUUGAGAGUGACAUUUACUUAAAAUGAUUAUGAAUAAUACAGGCCCCACCCAUCCAGGUCCCCCAGAUGCAAGCCCUGCCCUGAAUCAAAUGCAGGAAAGAACUGAGCCACCCCACCAAAGAGCAGGCAGACAGCAAGGCACAGAGAGUGAGAGAGAGAAAGACACCCAUUUACAGCUUAACUGCCUUGUUCAGUCUGUCAGACUUGCUCUCACUGCCACCUCUAUCAUAUCCUCUCCCUCUCUUUCUCUCUCACACACACACACUCAUUCAAAUACACUCAUUCAACUCAGCUCAUUCACAGGCACGGGUCAGCCAGCCUCACAUUUCACCUUGCUCUGCCUCUGGCUGAGAGGAGAGCCCUGCAAGGUGCAGCCAUCACACAGGACACAGGCUCCCGCAACUCAGUCAGGUUGGACCGAGUGACCUGAAUGCUUUAGGACAAUCUAACGAGACCGAGACGUUUCUUCGGGAUGGAAUUGCAGAGUUUUCAUUCAUCACUUUGAAGAGCAAAACCAGAAGGCAGCUAGUUACAAGACCAUCAAGAACUUUUACCAUCUCUUCACAUGUUCCCGCUAAAGGGGUCUGCGUGAGGCAGAGCACCCAGCGAAGACCAGCAUCAUGCCGACUACUUGUGCAAGGUGCACCUUGGGAGUCUGACCCAUCAUGUGCAAAUGGACACCUACGACCGCUGGUCUCCACUUCGACCUUACCUUUGCUGGCUCAGCCCUUCCUCCUUAUCCUUUUCCCCUGGUAUGCCUGUCCUUGCUCUUUCUGGCUUGCUCUGCUCUUGGAGGUUGCCCACCUGGACUUGGGCAUGACCCUCUUCAUGUGCUGGCACAGGGCACAAACUGCUCUUGGACUCUGGAGCGGCACACACGCAGCUACAACCAUCUAGAGGGUGAUGUUCGCCUACGACGCCUCUAUUCCGCCAACAAGUUCUUUCUCUGCAUUGACAAGACGGGCAAGGUGGAUGGCACUCGUCGGAAGAAUUACGCUGACAGUCUGAUGGAAAUCCGAUCUGUCAGUGUGGGAGUUGUCGCCAUCAAAUCUGUCAGCACCGGCCUGUACUUAGCUAUGUCCAAAAAGGGAACGCUCUUCGGAUCGGUCAGAUACAACCCCAGCUGCAAGUUCAAGGAGCGCAUCGAAGAGAACGGCUACAACACCUACGCCUCACUGCGCUGGAAGCACCGGGGGAGGCAGAUGUUCGUGUCGCUGAACGGCCGAGGGAAACCUCGCAGAGGACACAAAGCUAGACGGAGACACCCAUCUACUCAUUUCCUCCCUAUGCUGCCCACAUAGCUGGACUCUUCCUCAUGAGCAAUGCUGUGCCAUCUGCAUUUGAUGGGGACUUAUUAAAUGUUAUUAUGUUCUUGUUUGUCUGUUUUGUUUUUCUGAGUACUGUCGCACAGUACAUUAACUUAUUACUCUGUCUUCUGGCUCAGCUUAAGACCCAGUAAUGUUUAAAGCAAUGCUGUUAUGAUGUACAGGUUAUGUAUUAAUGUUGUUGUUGAGUUAACUAGGUAUUUACUGCAUCUAUUUGUAUUGCAGAUUUCUGAUUGAUAUCACCAACCCAGUCUUACUGGAAAAAUGUGCCUAGAUUUUUGCAAAACCUAUAAUUCACUGCAGUUUCCGUCUGAAAUUAACACUAAUGGCAGCUUUUAUUCCUUACUUUUCAGAAAAUGUCUUUUUCUUAAGACAAAGAAACACUCAAAAAGCUUUCAGUAUAAUUAUGGCAUGGUCUGUUUGCUAAUUUAUUGCUACGCUAUCUCACGACCAAUUCGUACAAAUUCGUACGAGUGAUUCAAAAGUGGCUAAUUCAUACUAAUUCCU